CUCUCUUACACACACGCGCGCGCGUCUCCAUGUAGCAGUAGACAUAGAACCACGUUUUACACAUAAACAGUGCAUGUUGUGCUCAGUCUUUGAUGUUUAUUUAGGUUAGAGAAAGUUGUAUAAAACUCAUAUGGAAUAAUCUGAGUAGUUUGGACUUCACACUCGACACUCUUUUGUUCUGACCACUAUGGAUUACUGAGAACAGGCACUCGCUGGGCGCGAAUUUUGACAUCCAUAUAUGCUGGGACCUCCUGAAGAUUAUCUUUUGUGUUCGAUUGGAAAAUGGGAAGUAAGACUCUUCCGGCUCCGAUCCCACUUCAUCCGUCUCUCCACCUUUCCAACUACUCCUUCUUACAGGCAGCAAACAGGCCUAGCUUUCCUCAAGCUGCCGACCACCUUCAAGGACUCUACGGCCUCACGACAGUGCAGACAAUGCAAAUGAACCACUGGACCCUGGGCUACACUCACAUGCAGGGACUGCGGUCAACCCUCACUGAAAUGUCAGCUGCGCAGGGCCUGACGGAUCUUCGCUUCUCGCUCCCUGUUUUACCCCUCACUGCUCACUUCUUUCAUCCUAAACAAGGAACGAUAACUCACGUAAUUCCAGCCAUACACCAAGACCGACCCCGAUUUGACUUCGCGAAUCUUGCCAUUGCGGCUACACAAGAGGACGAGUCUAGGACCGAUGAGCUGUUAAAUCUCACAACAGGUCAGAGUUCAGAGCUGAACAAACUGUCUCCAAGCAGAAAGACCCCACGAGGAAGGCUUCCAUCGAAGACCAAAAAGGAGUUCAUUUGCAGAUUUUGUGGAAGAAACUUUACAAAGUCCUACAACUUACUUAUACACGAGCGCACGCACACAGACGAGAGGCCUUACACCUGUGACAUCUGCCAUAAAGCUUUUAGAAGACAGGACCACCUACGUGAUCACCGAUACAUCCACUCCAAGGAGAAACCUUUUAAAUGUCAAGAGUGUGGAAAGGGAUUUUGUCAGUCGCGGACUUUAGCAGUUCAUAAAACUUUACAUAUGCAGGAGUCUCCUCACAAAUGCCCCACAUGCGGAAGAACCUUUAAUCAAAGAAGUAAUCUGAAAACUCACCUUCUCACCCAUACAGACAUCAAGCCCUACACCUGUGAGCGCUGCGGAAAGGUGUUUCGCCGCAACUGUGACCUGCGACGGCAUAGUUUGACACACUCGCUUCACCAGGACUAGCAACUAGGAAAAAAACCGUGGGCACAUAACAGAAUUACCAACGGAUACUUCUGGACAAAAUUAUCGGACGCAAAUGGGAUAACUGAAAACUUUGCAAUCCUGAAUUUUUAUUAGCUACAUUUAUAAAAAAACGGUUACUGAAAAUGAAUGAAUACACAGGGUGGCACCAAAAACUAGCUCCAUAAGCAUUUUUCCUUAUAUGUAAAUUUGACUUUUUCCCCCCUUACUUCGGACCAAAGAUGGCUUUGAAACUAAUAACAAAAGAGCAAAUAGGACCAGACCUAACACCACUCGGCUUUUUUUGUGUUCAUCUGAAGUCAGCAGCCGUAUCGCAGCCGGCCCUGUAAAGAACAAAAGCAUCUCUGCAUGUAAAUGCUGAUACAGUAAGAAAUAGUUAACGUUCUUGUAUUGGUGUUAAGUGCCAAUAAGUCAUAGCCCGACGAUUUGAGUAUUUGCUGUAAUUUAUACCUUGAAACAUUUUUGCCUAUAGAUCUAGGCUUUUGUGCCACUCUGUAUAAACCGUGUUUGAAAUAUGGAUGCUUGUUAUAAUGACUUGUGGAAAUAAAGUUCAGAUGAAAUAAAAGUCUUCUUGACUUUUUAAAAUAAAGUCAAGAUGAUGAUCUA